CCACCGGCGGCGGCUACUACGGAGGCUACUACGGCUCCGGAUCCGGCCACCACCAGAUGAUGGACCUGCCCAUUCAGUGCCCCAACACGGAGCCCACUAACACGGCCCUCGGCCUGCAAGAGCUCGGUUUGAGGCUCGAGAGGCGAAUCGAGGAAGCCGUUCCCGCUGGUCAGCAGCUUCAGGAACUGGGAAUGCGGCUGAGGUGUGACGACACGAGUUCCGAACACGAUGACCUGCUCGAUGAGGAUCGCCUGAUGCUGGACCGAUCACCGGACGAGAUGGGCUCACACGGGAAUGACAUGGACGACCUCGGAGACUCAGAUUCAGAGGCGGGGGACGACGCCAAUGAGACGACAACCGAUGGCGAGAGAAUCAUCUAUCCGUGGAUGAAGAAGAUUCACGUUGCUGGAGUCGCCAACGGCUCCUAUCAGCCCGGAAUGGAGCCAAAGAGACAGCGAACCGCCUACACCCGCCACCAAAUUCUCGAGCUGGAGAAGGAGUUCCACUACAAUCGAUACUUGACACGGCGGCGACGCAUCGAGAUCGCCCAUACUCUAGUCCUAUCGGAGCGACAAAUAAAAAUAUGGUUUCAAAAUCGGCGGAUGAAGUGGAAAAAGGAUAAUAAAUUGCCAAAUACCAAGAAUGUGCGCAAGAAGACCGACGCCAACGGGACGGGUGGCGGCAAGAAGGCGAAGAGGAGCGCCAGCAGCAAAAAGCAGCAGCAACAGCAGCAAACCAUACAGAAUGAGUGCUUGCGCUCUGAGAGCUUGGAGAGCAUGGGUGACGUCACCACGUCCCUGGGCAGCGCCCCGUACAUCCCCGCCGCAGACAUGGGUCUCAUGGGCCAGCAGCCGGCCCUGCACGCCCACCCGCCCACCACGUCCGCGGCCAACGGCUCCUUCAUGCAACAGAGCCAGCAGAACCUCAACCCCAACAACCUCAACAUCAAGAGCGACUACGACCUCACGGCGCUGUAGAGGGGCCACUGCGAUGUGAUUUUGCUGCCCCCCGAGCCUCGUGGGGCACCCUUAGGACCUUAGUUGUAAGUUGGGUAAACACUGUAAUAAGAUAAGAUGAACAUUAAGUCUGUCAUAAACGUAUUACCUUCCCCUCAAUUCUCAUUAAGGGUAUAAGCAGGGAAUCCAGAUCCCUGCAAGUUGUGUACAAAAAGUCUCUAGUAUCUUAGUUUCCUCUUUUCGCUGUAAAUUAUUCAUUCUUUGCCCACAUAUCUGGGUUAUUCUGCUAGUUUAGCGCCUUUUUCCUCUUGAACCAUUCUACUGUGGACUAAAUUUGGAUCCACCCUUCCUUGCAACAUCCCAUACAAUUUCCCCCAAACAAUUGGCAAACGUCUUCAUUCCACAUCCAGUAUUGCUACUCUUAAGAUGACCACCACCCUUCCUCCAACAUUUUCAGCCACAGAAAUGGUUCAAUUGAUCAAUUCGGAAAUGCAGUGAAUUAGUUUGUAAGAUCCUCUCGCCUGGAUUGAUAAAGGAACAACUGGGAGGUAAAUCUCUGAAAAUUUCAUGUAAAUAUCCACCAAAUUAAGUAUAUAAUUUCAUAUAAAGAAUUCCAAUGAAUGUAUAUCGCACCCCAAUUUGUUUCGAUAUAAGCGAUAAGAUGUAAAUUGUAGAUUUUUUGGGUGAGAGACAUCGAGCAGAGGUUAGUAAGAUAAAUGGAAAAAAAACAUAUAGUUAAUUGUGCAUUUUACCAAAAUUGUAACAGCAAGAGAAAACCAGUUGACAAUAUCAAGUGACAUAAAAGAUAGUAUGAAGAGAAUUUUAGUAAAAAAAAUGAAAGGUAAUGAAGAAUCUGAUGAGUAAACAAAUAGAGUAAAUUAUAUUUAAAUAAAGUGAGAAAAAUCUAUUUAAAGUAAACUCGUGAAGUCUUUCCUGAAUCGUUAUAGAUUUGCAUUGGGAGAUGAUACAAUUGAAAUGUGCCAUUUUUGAUUUUUUUUUUAAUGUUUUUAGAGACUAUCCUUUAUGUUUUCCCUUCAAAUGCAAUUCAAUUCAAAAAUCUUGAGUUAAAACUGUAUUCAAUCUCUCAAGAGUAGCGCAAAAAUAUUAUAUGGUUUUCCUUCUCACAGAAAUUGUGGACUUUGUUGGGAGUUUUCAAUUGAGAUUUGUAUGUAUGAUUGCAAGUGAAGAAAUAAAAAGUAUUCGACAAACC